AUGUGCAACUUGCUAUUUGCCCGGCUGGACGAGAUCACCCUGGAUGUGAGGCGAUAUACUGAACAUGAGGCUCUAGUAAGUCGCACCUUGUCGAUUGUAUCGUCGUCGUUGUCGUUGAUUUCUGGACUAAUUUCGUUGUACUUUUUUUGGCGACUCAGCCGCAACAGAAAACUCAUCUUUAGGCACCAGUUGAUUCUUUUCUUAGUAUCGUAUGACUUCAUCAAGGCGUUGUUUCUAUUAAUGUAUCCCGCACGAGUGAUUGCAAGAAGUUCGGUUUAUUAUGAUGUUCCGUUUUGCAAAGUGGUGGGAUUUUUCACCGCCAUGUCCAUUGAGGGCUCAGACUUGGCUAUUGUCAGCUUUGCUGUCCAUGUGGCACUCCUCAUCUAUCGUCCAAAUGUCAAGGUGAACACUGGUUCUGCCACAGAAGGUGGCUUGUAUCCGUACCGAAAUUACGUCUAUAUUGUGUCCAUUGUCAUCCCCAUUCUUUUGGCUUCCUUGGCUUUUGCCAGUCCUAUCAGCUACACCCCAUUGACUAAUUGGUGCUACUUGUCCACGGAGGCAGUUUGGUGCCGAUUGGCGUUGAGUUGGGUGCCUCGCUACAUCAUCAUAGUUGCAAUAUUUGUCAUUUACGGAUGCGUUUAUCGCCACGUUACUAAACAAUAUAGUGUCGUGGCUCGAAGGUUGCGGGGGGGCAAAAAAGGUGAACGGUUAUGGAAACGGUCCUUGAAAAUGUUAACUUUUUAUUUUAUUUUCCAAUGUGGAAUUGGCUAG